AUCGUCUGCGCCCCUCAUCCCCUUCCCCUCCCCCCCUUAUCCCCGAAGCCCUAAUUCCCAUCCUCCAAUGGGUCGUGUGAUCAGAGCACAACGUAAGGGAGCUGGAUCGGUCUUCCGAUCUCACACCCACCACCGGAAGGGUCCUGCCCGUUUCAGGUCCCUCGAUUUCGGCGAGCGAAAUGGGUACCUGAAAGGUGUGAUCAGCGAAAUCAUCCACGAUCCCGGCAGAGGUGCGCCGUUGGCUCGUGUCACCUUCCGACACCCGUUCCGUUACAAGCACCAGAAGGAACUUUUCAUUGCCGCUGAGGGUAUGUACACUGGUCAGUUUGUUUACUGUGGGAAGAAGGCUAAUCUCGUUGUCGGGAAUGUGCUUCCCAUCAGAGCCAUUCCUGAAGGUGCUGUGGUUUGUAAUGUGGAGCACCAUGUGGGUGACCGUGGCGUGUUCGCUAGGUGCUCUGGUGAUUAUGCUAUUGUUAUUAGCCACAACCCGGAUAAUGAUACUAGCAGGAUCAAGCUACCAUCUGGAGCCAAGAAGAUUGUACCAAGCGGGUGCCGUGCUAUGAUCGGUCAGGUUGCUGGAGGAGGAAGAACAGAGAAGCCUCUUCUCAAGGCAGGUAAUGCAUACCACAAAUUCCGCGUGAAGCGAAACAGCUGGCCCAAGGUUCGUGGUGUUGCUAUGAACCCAGUUGAACAUCCCCAUGGUGGUGGUAACCAUCAACACAUUGGUCACGCCAGUACCGUUCGUCGUGAUGCCCCGCCUGGUCAAAAGGUUGGUCUCAUUGCUGCGAGAAGAACCGGUCGUCUCCGUGGACAGGCUGCUGCUACUGCUGCUAAGUCCGACAAAGGUUCUUAGAGCGACUCAUUCUGUUUUAAGCUUAUUUUGCUUAAUACUUAGCCCCUUCCAUUAUGUUUGAUCUGUUUCGCAUUAUGUUGAAGACCAUAUUUAGGAGUUUUUGUUUGAGUUUUGUUACAAGAUCCUUUUUGAACAUAUUCCCUCUCUCCCUUGUUUCUUGUUGCUACCAUGAAUUUGAAUAUCUGUUAAAAGAUCUGAGCUUCAAGGGAGUUUGGAAAUAAUAUUAGAUCACCAUUAAA